UCGCUUGCCUGAUUCAUACGUGGUGGAAGAAUGAUGACUCGGCAAUGCUCAUGGCUCUUUUCCUUUCCCGUCCGGGGUAAAAUUGCAGGGAUAGCUGUGGUUUUUUGUUUGCGCAGGGAUAUAUUAGGCCAACGAAAGCAGUUCUCAUGAAAGAGGACGGGGUGUUUGGUUGGCUGUAAGUUGGGAAGGGCUUGGUUCUUAGAUGUGGUCCCCGACGUCUGGGACCUGUACAUUGAUAUCAAUAUGGGGUUGGUUUCAUCUUUGGCGUCUUGAGGGGUCAUGUUUCGUGCACUAUAUCAGGGAAUCACAUAUUAUUGGAGUGGAGAAAAGGCGAGAACCUAAAUCACACCGAACAUACAGUAUAGUCCUCAAUUUGUAUGACACAUUCUCUAUCCCAGUGUCUCUUUCCGUUGGAGUAUAUAAGUCGACCUCCAGAACGCCUUGCAGACUUUCCCCAGGAGAGUGUUUGAUUCUUAAUACUAUGGAGAGUUACGGAAAGAAAGAAAGUGGGAGUGGUAGCAUUUGUUUAUUUUCUCUCCACGUGAUAGGUCGUUAUACCGAGAGAGCUUCUCGCCCGAGAGUGCGUUUCUCAAUCCAGACUUGGCUGCUUUCCAAGCACGAAUCUCGGGUAUUCAAAUACCGAUCCCCAAAAAAAGGGGUAAGCUAUCUGUAUCUCUCUGCCUAUGUGCGGUACUCUUCCAUACUGAGCAAGAAUGCAUCCAAUAAUACUCAUGAUAAAGUCAUCCUCAGGCAGAUGAGUGGGUGUUUUGAAACACUCUCGAGAUCUCCAGAGGUACUAUCUAUACAGACUCGGUAGAAGUAGUUGACCUAUCAGCAUUCUGCCGAAGCAAAGCCCGCUGAAGAACUGACGUGCUCAACCUCCGGUCACGGGGCUGCCCGCACUUAUCCCAAUCGGGUAUGUUUGCACACACUGCCCGCUCCCGUUUGCAUCGAUGUCGUGAUCGCAGCCCAAUGAAAUGAUUGCUGAUCCAACCCCGAUGGCGGAGAAAGUCUAUGGGAAA